UACUUUCGCUUCAAGAAAGCCCCACCUGAAGAGGCAAGAGGGAGAAACUCUCGCCUGAAAUUUCACUCUGCAACUUCGAAAUUCAUGUAGCCGAAAAAGCUCAAUCACAGCAGCAACCAAACGGAAGGCUCUGAGAAUCGGUGUUUACAUUGUUUUUGUGUUGUUAAAAUAUUUGCAGAUUGAGAAUUGAGUGCGUAGAUUCUGUUGGAUGAUUUGUAAGUUUGCGUAAUGGCUGCAAGUAGGUUUUUGAUUUGGAAAUCGCGCUUUUCUACUACUGUAAACCGUUCUUUCAAAGCACAAUCAUGUCGAUCAUUUGAUUCUUGUAUGAAAUUUGAGAAAUGUGCUGAUCCAAUUGAUGCUAGACCUUUGUUUACUUGCAUAAAUCGUAAUUUUCAUGCUGAACAAUCUGGAUUCACCGAGAACAAUGUCAAUAGUCGUCUUGGAUCUGUUGUUGAUAAUCAAUAUUAUAGGAACAAUCAUUUUAGGGCAUUAUCCCCUACUUUACUGAAUUCCCGUCAAUGGAGGUCUGUUUCUGUUGUUCCGGUAAGUCCUACACUGAAUUACAGAUGGUUUUCAUCAUCUGUCGGUAGCCAAGGAGAUAAUGCUAGGGGUGGGGAAGUUCCUUCUGCUUCAGGUGUAACUGGUUCUGAUAAUGGUGAUGCUGGCCUUAGUGGAAGUGAUAUAAUUGAUAAGGUUAAGGAUGUUUGGCAGUCUACAAUAGAUACUGUGACUUAUACUGGGCAAAGGACCAAAGAAGCUUCUGAUGAACUGACUCCUCAUGUUCAACAGUUGCUUGAUACACAUCCUUAUCUUAGAGAUGUCAUUGUUCCGGUUGGUAGUACUUUGACCGCCACUAUAUUGGCUUGGGUGGUGAUGCCGAGGCUUUUAAGGAGAUUACAUAAGUAUGCGAUGCAAGGCCCUGCUUCAUUUUUAUCUGGGAGUACAUUAUUUGGGCAGGUUCCAUAUGAAAAAAGCUUUUGGGGUGCUUUGGAGGAUCCAAUAAGAUAUCUAAUCACCUUCAUGGCAUUUACACAAAUAGGCAUGAUGGUUGCCCCAAGUACUAUUGCAUCGCAAUACCUUGCCCAGGCUUGGAGGGGUGCUGUUAUUCUUUCUUUGGUGUGGUUUCUGCAACGGUGGAAAACAAAUGUUAUUACUCGUGCAUUGACUGUUCAGAGCACAGUGGUUGAUCGAGAAAAGCUGUUAACUCUUGACAAACUUUCUUCCAUUGGUUUAUUUGUCCUUGGUUUGAUGGCUUUGGCUGAGUCAUGUGGGGUGGCUGUGCAAUCUAUUCUGACUGUUGGUGGCAUAGGAGGAGUGGCUACUGCUUUUGCUGCUAAAGACGUUCUUGGGAAUGUUCUCAGUGGGUUGUCUGUGCAGCUUUCUCAUCCUUUUUCAGUUGGAGAAACGAUAAAAGCUGGAUCUGUAGAAGGACAAGUGGUAGAAAUGGGACUUACAACCACAUCAUUGCUGAGUGCUGAAAAAUAUCCUAUCAUAGUUCCAAAUUCACUGUUUUCUAGUCAGGUAAUCGUGAAUAAGUCUCGUGCCCAAUGGCGUGCCAUAAUUACCAAAAUUCCUCUGCAAAUAGGUGAUUUUGAGAAGAUUCCCCAGAUAUCAGAUGACAUAAAGAGCAUGCUCAGAUCAAACUCGAACAUUUUCUUGGGGAAGGAGGCCCCAUAUUGUUUCUUGUCUCGAAUAGAAAGAUCAUUUGCAGAACUGACUCUUGGAUGCAAUCUAAAGCAUAUGAGCAAAGAAGAGUUCUUUUCAACACAGCAAGACAUUCUUCUGCAGUCAGUCCAGAUAAUCAAGAAGCAUGGUGCUACGUUGGGUAGCACCCUGGAGGAUAUGACUUACUGAUACACCGGCUGUGGAAAAAAGUCAUCGAUCAGUGAUACACCGAAUGUGGAAAAAAAUAUUUUUUGGAGGUUAGGCCUUUUUGAAUGUAUCUGCUACCUUACUUGAAUGUUAAAUAGAUUUGAGGUUAUUUGCACAUGUUGAGGCUUCAUUGUUAUUUUAAUGCAUCCUGGUUUAAUUGACGAAUCAUGCAAAACCUUAAAGAUAAAAUUGAAACAAAAAGAGAACAAAAAAGCCAGAUGAUUUUGUAUUCA